AUGCGUUCUCUCAAAACCAACACCUAUCUUAGAACAGCCCAACACCCAACCCCAACAACAAAAACAACCACCAUCCACACCCACUCCAAAACCAUCACCAUGUCUGGCGGCACCGCCAACAGAAACUAUGCCUCCCCACACUGGGACCACCAAACCACCUUCCGCAACAUCGUCUCCGAAGAAGAGCAAGACAGAGCCCGCAGACAUGGCCGCGAAGUGCCCUUCCUGGAAGCCAAGCUCGAGAUGCUGAAUAGGCAUUUGCUGGACACGAAUCAUCAGUUGAGGGCCAAGCUUGAUGAGUUGCAGGUGUUGCAGAGAAGGUGUGAGGAGUUGGGUAGGGUGAAUAGUAACCUUGUUGCGGCGAAUAGGAGGGUGUUGAGGAGGAAUGGGUAG